CGCGUCCCCGGCAGCCUGGGCUGUUAGCGCGCGCGCUCCCGAAACCCCGCUCCGCACCUCCCAGCCUGGUUGCUAAGGCAACGGGCAGACGCUGCCUGUCGGGCUCCGAGAGCGCGCUUGAGGGCAGGGAAAAGGAAAGUGUGGCAAGCCUGCCUCCAGAGGACUCAUUCUGCUCAGUAGAGCACAGCAAUGAGAGGGCAACAGCGGCUGCAGUGAUCCUGAGCGUUUCAUGAAGCAUUGCCAUGUACGAAGUAAAAGAAAGACAGAAGUUUAUCAGUGAUGCUCAGUACUUGAGAGAGAUGCAGCAUAAAAUGGAUUCAGAGUAUCAGGCUUGCCUGAGAAAACAAGAGCAGAGUAGAGAACAGUCCGAGAAGAAGCAAGAACAACAUACCAGACAAGAACUGAGGCAGACAACUAUGUCCUCCAUCUCUGCUGUGCGUAGUUAUGAAAGGCCAUGGAUUUCAAGACUCCCUGUUAAUAGACAGACCACGUCUGAUGAAGCUUCUGGAUGUGAACUGAAAUCUAUGAUAAAGUCUCUUGGGAACAAAUCAGAAGCGAAAUUUCCUGCUAUUGACAAAACAUCUGUUAAGCAGAAGCAAAAACCAAGCACAAGCUCCAAAAAAACAGAAAAAAGUGGACCUAGUCCCAAAAAGGAUACUUCAGCUUCACAGAAGCCAAUUUUAUCAAGAAGGCAGCGAAUGAACCAGAGAAGUUUGUUGGAAAACCCAGACUCUGAACAUGCACGAAGAGUGGAAGGAAAAGGGAGAAAAACACCAUUGUUGCAAGGAAUAGCAAAGAUUACCAAAGGAUCUGACUCACAAGAUGGCACAGGUCAAAGAAGUGGUCCUACUUUCAAGUAUAAGAAGAAAACUCAUGAAAGAAGGAGCUUAGUCCAGUCCUCUAAACUGAAUGUAGAUAGCAAAAGCCUGGACAGGGAUCUCAAAAAAGGAAAUGUUCUUACAGCAGCAGCUCAACAGCCCCUAACUCACCCAAUUGAGUCUACUGUUCAGGAUGCAAAUGGUCCUUCUGUAUCAAGUGAGUCAAACCUUCCACCUAUUAAAAAUGGCCCUAUAAGGCCAAGAGAAGAUGAUUUUUAUGCAGUGUUGUGUUCAAAUGGGGAAGGUUCUGCUGCAGAAAAUGAAGAUACAAAAGAUAUCCGUCCCUUGGAAGAAGAGCUUCUUUCCUUUGAUCUCAAUAAGUCUCCUGUUCUUGAUCAAAAUAACAGAGUUAGUGGGCUACCUUUAACACAGGCGGAGCAGCAUAACUGUGAAAUGGGAGUUGCGGGUGAUGGAAGAAGAGCUGAACUUUCCCAUAGAUUGCUACGGCAACAUAAUGUAGCAACAGACUCAGCUGCUGAACAACCUUCAUUGGGGCAAAGGAAGACACGGGACCACAGGAAUCCUUAUGCUCUUGAAGAAAACCUUUUAGAAGAGGCUCAUAAAAAUGAAGGGGAAAAUUUGGCAUGCAGCACAAGAAGCCCACAUACUGAAAGCAGGCCAGGAAGUGCAAUGGUUGAUGAGACCGAUGGUAAUUUAAGUUCAACUGAAGGCUGGUCAGCUAACAACAGCUAUAGCAGAGAAAGGCAAGCUUUUGAGAACAAUCAAAGAUGUUAUGCUGGACUCAUCAGUUCAGCUAGGCCAACAGUUCAGAGGCCUUCUAUGCGUCCUCCAUUUACUAUCCCAGGGUCCUUGCCACAACCUGCAAACAGAACCGAGACUGUGGGCAAUGUGGAGGCUGCAGCCCCUUCUGUGCAAGUCACAGAACUGAAUGGAAACCCGAGGUUAACUGUUCGCAGACAGUUAUCUCCUAUAAGGAUCAGAGAUUCUUUUUCAGCUACUGAAAGUUGUCAGUCUUCGUCACCCACAAUCAGCACCUUUGAAGAUAGUAGCCUGCUUGAGGACAGUAUGAGCAAUGGUCUAAGCAGCAUAUCUCCAAGCACUGCUUCUCAUGAUGAAGAUAACUUUCUGAAUUCCCACAGCUCCUCCUCAUCCACAGAUUCGUCCCAUCCAUCUCUUUUCCGGGCAAACUUUACAGCACAUCUUCACAUGGCUGGCCCGCUGCCCGAUCAAGUACCAAUUUUCCUGACAGUGUCCGAUUUGCGAAAUCAGAGCAACUUUGUGAGUAGUACAACUGCCUGUAGCUCACCAAAUGCAAAGGAGAUUAAUAAGCCUGAGAUAGUCCCUGAGAAGCUAAAACAAUUGCAAGAGAGUCUCUUGGCAGAAGACUCCGAAGAGGAGGGAGAUCAGUGUCGGAUAUGUCAGAUGGCUGGAGGAUCCAUAACGAACCCGUUACUGGAACCAUGUGGGUGUGGAGGGACUGUUCGGUUUGUCCAUCAGGAAUGUCUAAAGACCUGGUUAAAGGUUAAGAUAAAAUCAGGUGCUGAGCUUGGUGCAGUAAAAACAUGUGAACUGUGUAAGCAGAGUCUGACUGCAGAUUUGGAUGGUUUUAAUGUGAAUGAUUAUUACAGGAAUCAUCAACAGUCCCGGGCCCAGAAUGAGCUGAUGAGCUCAGGCCUUUACCUUGUGCUGCUACUUCACCUGUAUGAGCAAAGGUUUGCUGAACUCAUGAGAUUAAACUACAACCAAGCCUCCAGAGAUCGGCUUUCAAGACCACCUAGAACAGAGGAAAACCAAAAUUCAGCCAAUUCUGGGAACAGUGCCUAAGAGAAGGGUCAAGGGGGAUUUAAAGAAGAGACUUCUCUUGGAGAAUUGGGCAGAGAGCCCUUCUUCACAUCCUUCCACUUCUACCCUCUUAAUUAACACCACGCUACAAUGAUGUACACCAUUCAUAUUCAAUGUCAUCUGUUUAAAUGACUUCUAAGGGUCUGGGGUUGUUUUGGCUGUUUGUCUGGUUUGGUUCUUCUGUUUUUGUUGGGUUGGGUUUUUUUUUUAAGUUGCAGUACUGAUUGACAAUCUUUUUGGAACAACAUGAGUUAUAACAGCAACUUGCAGGGUGCAUACUUUUUUACCUCUCCUACUUCCUAGCCACCAGUUACUCAAUCCAAAUUCAACCUAGCAGGGUUUUGUGUUUUUUUGAGUGGCCUUUGGCAACCCUCUGAGCUGGCAAACCAGGUACAUUUGAUGCACCUGUUGUAGCAUGCAAAGGCCACCAUUUUACAGACUUGUCCUACUGUGUAUCAGGAGCUCUUGGGAGAUCAGUAAUGGUUUUGUGCAUUAAAAUUGAGUUGUUGUGUGCCCAGCCUUAUCACAGGACAUUCCACAGCAUACAUGUGUAAAUGUAUUGAUGUACUGUAGUAUGAUCAACUUUAUAGCAUUACUGCCUUUCCUUGGAAUGGCACAGGAUCCCAAAUUAAAAAAAAAAGUCUUGUUCACUCCUCGGACACCCCUCACCCUUAUUUUAAAAAAAUAGACAAAUGUACUGUAAGUGAACAAGUUGUCAUUUUUGGGAUAUUUAAUAAGGAUGAAGAUCAAUUAGGGCAUCGCCUUAUUCAGAUAUCUGGGUUUAAAUCCUUUUCACCUGGUAUUAAAAAACGGUCUUAAUUCAACUUAAUCCUCCACCCCACUCCUGCAGUCUUGAGCAUCUAAUGUAGACUGUUCUUCCUCUGGGUGGUAACUGCAUUGUCCUGUAUAGCAGGGCUGCUCAACUUUGGCCCUCCUGUAGAUAUUGGCCUACAACUCCCGUAACCCCUGGCUAUUGGCCACUGUGGCUGGGGAUUAUGGGGGUUGUAGUCCAAAAACAGCUGGGGGCCCGAAGUUGAGUAGGCCUGCUGUACAAGCAUCUAGCACAUUGCUAAUGCUGGGGCUAAUGUUACAACACAAAUAGCAGGAAUUGCAGCCCCCAGAAAGACAAGUUAUUAUUUUAAGGGCCCUCACUAGAAAGAUACUGAGAAACUGAAGGCUACAGCUAAUUUGCAUGUCAUCUUCUAUCAUAAAAGGCUACAUUUGAAUAACUACUUACACUUGUGGUGGUGAUGGUCAAAUAUGCCAAAGCUAGAGAUUGCUCUUCCCUAGCACUUAAUUUUAGUGACAGAAAACAUUAUAGAGCCAAGUUCCUCAGUGAUUUACUGAAAGUUCCUCAGUGACUUACAUAUGGAGACAGGUGCUCUUGAAAUAGCGACCUGCCCCACAUUGGUGGACGACUCUCCCCAGCAAGCUUCCAAUGGAGGGAAUUCCAGAGCUAUGAAACAGCUUGAGGAUCCUUUGCUGUAUGCCUCCUUGCAGUCCAAACCUAGUAUGUUUGUUACAAAUGCAUGAUCACCUUUUCAAAUAUGAGAUUUCUAAAGUACAUGAAGUUCAAGUUACAAAAGGCUUUAGAGAUAAAAAGUUGUAACUUGAAUUCUAACCCAGAAGACAACUUGAAGGCUUCUUUCUCACAGUCGCUGAAGCUCAGUGAGUAACAACAUGCCUCUGGUGCAAAGAGAGUUUAAUUUAACACCCUCCUGCUUGGUAAGUUACUUCAGUCCUAUCCUGUCUAGAGAUGUUACUUGGGAGUUGUAGCUGUUAGCAUUACAUUCUUAACAGUUUCUCCUGUGCAGAGAAGAUUUAAGUGGUGGGGCUGGCCGGCCACACGGUUCAAAAGCGACUCUGGUAUUGACCGCAAUCCUGGGUUUGAGAGUUAGUUUUGUUCAGUUAGUGUUUUUCAGUAUGUAUUGCCUAUAGCAAAUUGGGGUACUUGAACCUGCUCCAGUCAAGCAGGUAAUUGGCAGGCUAAAGGGCUGCUAUAAUCAUAACAGUUGGUUUGGGAUGUGACAAACUAGAUCAGAAAUUUGGCUAAACAAAGAAUGAUGUGUUACUGGUUCUUUAACACCACUUCUGCUUCAUACAUUGUCCACUGAACAGCCUGAAAAAUCUGAAGCCCAACCACAGCCACGGAAGAGGAAUUUCUGCUAAUGCUUAGUAUUAGAUUCACCCAAAGUGAACUCCUCUCAACACCACUUAAAACAAAGAUCUAAAACAUGACGGUAAACUUGAGAAAACAAAAAGGGAAUUGUCAGGUGGCAAAGUUUUUUUGGUUUCUUACGACUGAUGAAAACAGUGGGAGAAAAGGAAGAAUCUGGCUUUUUGCUAAAACUGAUGGGGAAUGAACGUUUAUUUCAAGCUUCUAGAAGGCUUAUGAAGAAAGCAAAAGUAAUAUAUUUUAAAAGUUGCCAGUGUCCUUUUCAGCACUUUUUCACAUUAUUCAAAAUAGUGAUAGAAAAUAAUCUGAAACAUUUUUUUCCAGUAAUUCCAAACAAUUUCAUGAUUUGGGGGUGUUCUCCACCUCUCCUUCUGUCGGGUUUGUUGAUAACUGUCCAGUUCUGCUUGAUUCACCUUGAAAGCAAAAGAUAAGCAUACAAGAGAAAUAAAAUUGUAAAAUGAU